AUGUCUCGUGAAUUCAUAGUUCUUGUUCUGUUCUUUACUCUGUCUUCAUCAACUUACAACUCCAAUGGCAAACUGAUCCUGGAGGGAGCUGCAUCUUUCGACUUAAGCGGUUUCACCAAGUUAACUAACACCACAAAGCAUUCAUACGGUCACGUUUUCAACACUAACCCCGUUUUAUUCAAGAACUUGUCUUUCCACAUCCACGUCCACUUCGCAAUCAUCCCUGAGCAUAACAACUCCGGCUCACACGGCAUGACUUGCGUUCUCUCCCCAACAAGACACCUUCCAGGAGUUUCCUCCGACCAGUACCUCGGAUUAUUCAACAAGACAACCAACGGUAACAAAACCUCUAAUAACAUAAUAGCUAUCGAGUUAGAUAUAAAUAAAGACGAUGAGUUUGGAGAUAUUAAUGACAACCAUGUUGGGAUCAACAUCAAUAGCUUGAGGUCUAUUGUCUCUCGUCCUGCUGGUUACUAUGAUGAUAAUGAUGGAAAGUUUUAUAAUCUUUCUUUAAUAAGUGGAAAGGUUAUGCGGCUUUCUAUCGUUUAUAGCCACCCUGAUAAACAGCUCGAUGUUACGUUAAGCCCUGCUGAGUUCUCUGACACUCCCUGGAAACCUCUUUUGUCUUUAAAACGAGAUCUCUCACCCUACAUUUUGGAGGAGAUGUAUCUUGGCUUCACGGCAUCAACCGGUUCGGUCGGAGCAAUCCAUUAUAUGUUAAACUCGGUCUCUGGUCCUGGUGUGGACUAUCCGUCCUUUGAUAUAAGUGUAGUCCCCACCCUUCCUCCAUAUCCGAAGAAGGUGACCGAUAAAACAAGGAUGAUCUUAGCUGUUUGUUUAGUAUUGGCCGUGAUCGUUGCGUUUGUAACUUCUUUGAUUGGUUUCCUCUUUUAUAUGAGGCAUAAGAAGGUCAAAGAGGUUCUUGAGGAAUGGGAGGUUCAGUAUGGACCUCACAGGUUUGCAUAUAAGGAGCUUUACAAUGCCACAAAGGGUUUUAAGGAGAAGCAAGUUCUUGGAAGUGGAGGUUUUGGUCAAGUCUAUAGAGGAACACUUCCGGGUUCCGAUGCAGAGAUUGCGGUGAAACGGACUUGUCAUGGUUCAAGUCAAGGAAAGAGCGAGUUUAUCGCCGAGAUAUCGACCAUUGAGCUUUGGGAAGAAGGGAAACUUUUUGAUGCAUCUGAGGAAAGUAUCCGUCAAGAACCAAACAGGGGUGAGAUUGAGCUUGUUUUGAAGCUAGGUGUGUUGUGUUCGCAUCAGGCUGAAUCGGUUAGACCCGAUAUGAGUGCGGUUAUGCGGAUCUUGAAUGGCGUUUUGCAGCUUCCGGAUAAUCUUCUUGAUGUGGUAAGGGCUGAAAGAUUGAGAGGACAGCCUGAGAUAUCAAUGGAAAUGCUACUUGGUAUGAACUCAAUAAGUACACUACCGUUCACAAAUUCUUUCAUCUCCCAUGGACGAUGA